AUGGAUAUAGAAUGGGCAAAGGACGGUGGCUUAGGCAAAUUAUUCGUCGUCCAAGCACGUCCAGAAACAGUCCAGGCCCGUCGUGAAGCCGGCGUCUUCAAAAUAUACAGUAUCGGCAAGAAGGGUCGUCUUCUCACUAGAGGGCUGUCCGUCGGAGAGGCCAACGUCACUGGCCGUCUUUGCCUCAUCGAAACAGCUAGGGAUAUCGACAAAUUAUUGACGGCUCAAUCUUGUCGUGAGCUCGGUGUCCCUGCGGUCGUGGGCACCGGCAAUGCCACAUACGUCCUUCACACAGGCCAAGAUGUUACUGUUUCCUGCGCAGAAGGCGAUGAAGGUUUUGUCUACGAAGGGAUCGCUGAUAUCACUACCAAAGAGCUGGACAUCACCGGUCUUUCACCAACCCGUACGAAAGUCAUACUCAACCUGGCCAGUCCCGCAUCCGCCUAUCGCUGGUGGAGACUCCCGGCUGAUAUCAUCGGUCUUGCACGCAUGGAAUUCGUUGUCAGUAGUCACAUUCAAGUGCAUCUAAUGGCACUUGUUCGCUUUGACCACCUGAAGAAUGAAAAGGCCAAGAGAGAAAUUGCCAGACUGACCGUAGGCUACGCGGAUAAGCUAGAGUAUUUCGUUGAUAAGCUUGCACGAGGACUGGCCUGUCUGUGUGCGGCAGUCUAUCCUAAGCUAGCAAUUAUCCGUUUAAGUGACUUCAAGACCAAUAAAUAUGCUAGUCUUAUAGGAGGAGAAGAGUUUGAGCUAAAAGAAGAAAACCAAAUGCUGAGAUUUCGUGGUGCCUCACGUUACUACUCACCGCGGUAUAAAGAAGGAUUCGCGCUCGAAUGUAAAACGAUUAAGCGACUGCGUGAGGAGAUGGGUUUCACGAAUGUUAUUGUUAUGGUUCUAUUCUGCCGUACCGUUGGCGAGGCGGCAAAGGUGCUUGAAGUUAUAGCUGAGAACGGAUUGAAGCGCGGUGAGAAUGGGCUGUAG